AUGACCGAGGUUCCCACGGAGCAGAAAAAUUAUAUUAUUCUAGUUUUGAUGGGGGUAAAAACAAUUGACGAACCCCCUCGCCUUUCUCUGCCCACCGAUUUUCCCUCGGGACAGCUCCAGCACCCUGGCCUGUUCCUGACGGAUGAGGAGAGACGCCUGCUAAGCCAGGAGGGCGUCUUGCUGCACGAUGCCCUGCACCUCUCCCAGGCGGAAGAGCGGAUCCUCAAGAAAAUACGAAGGAAAAUCCGCAACAAGCAGUCUGCUCAGGACAGCCGUCGGCGCAAGAAGGAAUAUCUGGAUGGGCUGGAGAGCCGGGUGGCCGCCUGUUCGGCCCAGAACCAGGACCUGAAGAAGAAGGUCCAGCAAUUGGAGAAGCGUAAAGAGUCCCUUCUGGACCAGCUGCGGAAGCUGCGUGGACUCCUGACACAGACGUCCGCCAAGGCGGCCCAGACUAGCACCUGCCUCGUGAUUCUCCUCGUCUCCUUCGGCCUCUUCAUCUGGCCCAGUUGCGCCUCGUUUUUUGACAGCUCUCAGGUCGGCCGAGAGGACCGCAAACCAUCCGGAGUCCUUUCCCGAAAUAUCUUGACUCAAAUGGCAGCCUCCGAGCUGGUGGCACCGUCCGCUGCCCAUCCUCCAGAAGUGCCCCACGUUCGAACAGAAUUGCCCUUGGAACUCCGCACCACCAGAACUGGCAAGGACAAGGCUGAGAAAAAUCUCCCUGUGGUGGGAGAGACAGCGCCGGCUGAAGCAUUGGAGGCCCAGAGGGACCUCCAGACACGACCGAAGGGACGUUGGCGGGGAAAAGCCACAGGGCCCAACCUCGAUGAGAUAUGAGGCAUCCAGACAAACAUUAACAGCCGCCACCAUACCUAAGUCCUGAACAGGAAAGGGUAUCUCAGAGCAUGUGCCAAGUGCCUUUUCUCUCCUUGCCCACGGGCAGCAGCCCUUUUGAAUGAUAGACCUUUGCCAGCAGCCUCAAACCGAAAGUGAUUCCCUUCCAAGCCAGAUUCUCGGAGUUUUCUUUAGCAAGAUUUAUUGAGAAGAAAAAGAUGGCGUUCCCAGAAUUCCAGCAACUGAGCCAAUUCCCAAUUUAGACCCAAGACGUCUCCAUGAACGUUAGGGGGGAGAUUUUUUUUAUUCUCUUUCUAUCGUUUUUCUUAUGAACCGGCAGGGAGGCAGGUCUCUUCGCUGAUCAUGGGAAGGCUCAAAGCCUGCUUUUUCUACCAACGGUCCCCAGAAUCUUUUUCCAUCUAGGAACCAUCUCUGAUAUUGGGGCAUGGGAUUGAGGUGUGCAGCUCAGAGGUUAAAAAAUGCUGAGCAAUAAUCCCCAGCAACUUCAGGAUGAGGGAUGCUGGGAACUGGAGUCCAGCAACUUGGGGAAGGUUGCAGAUUCAAAGUCUUCCUGAAAAGUUGGAGGCUAAAAUUAUUGACGUGUUUCUGGCCAUGAAGGAAAAAAAGGAAGGAAGUGGGUUCCUUCCUGUUCUUGUUCUGGCCAGGUUGCCCAGCCGAGCCUGGCGCAAUAAAGAGUGCUCCUAAGCAU